AUCCGCUUCUCCGCCUCCCACAGAAGUAAUGGAAACGGACCUGAUGUCCCAUCCGACUGCGAUGGGCCAGUCUUCGAUCCAAUCAUUCCCAAUCAGACACUUUCCGAGGACGUGGCGAUGGGAUUAGUUCUGAGAGCUGCGAACGUUCGAGGCUGGACUACAGGUUCAGGGAUGGAAGGACCGCCGGUUCCCGCUGGUGCAAAACCGGAUUCGGGAAAGGAGCAAGUAUCUACCUUCCCUUGGUCCCUCUUUACCAACUCUCCACGACGUCGUAUGCGCGUGGCCUUCACCUGCAACGUCUGUGGACAGCGCACAACUCGCGCCAUCAACCCUCAUGCUUACACGGAUGGUACCGUUUUUGUUCAGUGUUGUGGAUGCAACAUAUAUCACAAACUGGUGGAUAAUUUGAACCUGUUUCAUGACAUGAAAUGUUAUGUGAAUUCUAGUUUUAAUCCGAAUCCAAACAGUGCCCUUAGCUUUGAGUACUUGGACUUGGAUGAUGACAAACGAGAUGAAUGAUACUAUACCCCACAUAAAUUGUAAGUUGAAAUCAAAAGAUGCCAUAAGUUUGCAUUUUUUUGUAUAUUCUGUUUCCUUUGAACAGCAUAUAUUUUGUUUAUUGUUCUUGUAAAUUAUUAAUUUCUCUUUAGGCUUGUAUAUUCAAUUAAUAACUUUGCUAUGGAUCCCAUGAUAUCGUUUUUGAGCAUUUGUAUAAGUACUUGGUUUUAUGAUAUUCGUAAUUAGUUAAUUGAAUCA